AUGAGCUGGCAGCGCCUUGCUUUUCGUUCUUCCGCCGCACUGCUGGUGACGCCCUCGGCACUCCUCGCCAGCUGCUACCUGCCAAUGGGCACCUUCGACUCAGAUUGUAUCCAAGUUCCCGUUGAACCAUCAGCUCCAAUUGGCCAAGAAGUAGCAAGCUCUGACAGCCCCGUCUCCAAAGAAGUACACACAGGGCCCCACCACUUGACACCCGUUGAGUGGAGGGGCGUGCCUAAAUAUUUGACGCAUAAAGGUUCUGACGCAAACCGAGGUCCCUCCAGUACUUCAGCUGGGCCAGCUGUGCACAACAGUGGUGCGAGGAGUUGGCCCGCAGAGCAUCAUUCCAGUGGCGACGAGUCCUCAAGCUCUGCGAUUGGGUGGCUGAAAAAGUGGCUAGGAGCAGCAAAGGAGGAGGGGCAUCUAACAGCGCCUCUGCUGAACUCAGAGGAAGAACGCCCCGCCUCUGACCGUGGCAGACUGCAGAACGGUCCGUCUCUGAUGACCGCUUCUCAGAGAAAAGCUGACAAUUGUAGGAAUGUAGCUGGGGAGGAAAACGGAGGAAUAGUUGGGGAUCCUGAUGCAAAGUUGCGAGGCCUGCAAGCGCAGGCAACCAGCGAUGUGGGCACCGGAAAGAGCAGCGAUCUUGCUGGGUUUGAAGAGUCUGCGUUGGCGUCCGGCUUGAAGUUGAACAUUUUGCUGUUGGUGAUUGGCACACGCGGCGACGUGCAGCCAAUGGCGGCCCUGGGGCGCGUGCUCCAGGAGAAGUAUGGGCACCGCGUGCGAGUGGCCACGCACGCUCCGUUCAAAGACGCUGUGGAGGCGCAGGGAUUGGAGUUCUUCCCCAUGCCUGGCAAUCCCAACUUUCUCAUUGACAAGAUGGUCAGCAGCAGCACGUCUGCGCAGUGGUCCCUGCCCUCGUCCCCCUCCGCCAUUCUAGCCGUGCGCCGCUGGUUCAAGGGGAUCAUCUUCUCGCACUGGCCCGCGUGCACCGCGCCCGUUCCUUCCCCCGGCCACCAGCCCAUAUCCGUCCAACCCGCACGGCAAUCGGAGGCGCCUCACUGGUCGCUCAAUGUGGCCGCCAAUGACGCUUCCACGGGCUCUGAGUCGGGGGCCUCGUUGCCGUCAAGCUUUCGCAAAGUUGAAGCUGAGGGGCGUCCCAGCGAUGCUGACGGAACCCCUUCUGAAUUGGAAAGCCGAAUGACGAGCGGUCAGUCGGCGGUGCCGCCACAACCGGCGUCUUCGGCAACCCUGCAGCCAGCCGGGUCAUUUUCAGACCUGCGUGUUGCAGCCUUGAACGGGGGCAGUGAAGCGGAAUCGCUUCCAGCCAGCUCGCGAGCGGAUCUGAAGCCGUCAGUAUCCGCAGAGUUCACUCCAGAUCUGAUUGUGGCGACUCCGACUACCCAGGUGGCGCUGUCGUGCGCGCAGGCGCUAGGUGUGCCGCUGCACGUGUUCUACCUGAUGCCUUACACACGCACGCGCCAUUUGCCGCACCCGCUCUCGGGGGGCACCCUCCCAGGACCGAACGGCAGUAAAGCCACCAGGUUCUCGUGGUCGCUUAUCGAGAGCGUCUCUGCCCUCGGCGUUUGGAAUUACGUGAACCGCUUCCGCCGCCAGGUGCUGCGUCUGCAGCUGCUGCCGCGGGGCGCCCUCAGCGAGUUCUUCCUCCUCGAAGCCCUCGCCGUCCCCACCACUUACGCCUUCAGCCCCGACCUCGUGCCUCGCCCAAGGGAUUGGGGCGACCACAUCCGCGUCGUGAACUACGUGUAUGACGACAGCCUGACGUCCCGCUACCAGCCGUCCCCUCUGCUGCAGCGCUUCCUGGACGCGGGUCCGCCUCCUGUGUACAUCGGCUUUGGCAGCAUGAAGCUCGACCACACGGAUGACGUCAUGGAUACUCUUAUCACGGCAGUCCGCGCCGCAGGCGUGCGCGCGGUGAUUCACAAGCGCGGCUGGGCGGACGACGUGGACGCGCUGCAGAAGCGGUUGGCCGCCUUCGGGACGCACCGGCGGGGGCCGCGGAGGGGCAUGGAUGCGCGCAAGGACAGAUCCGCGUCGAUGGACUCGGCCGAUGGCGGCCUCCGCGGGCGGCGCGCGAGCGGUUCGUUUGUGAGCGACGACAUUCUGGUGUACGAGGAGGAGGUCCCGCACGGCUGGUUGUUUCCCCGCUGCCAGGCGGUCGUCACGCACGGCGGCGCCGGCACAGUCGGGGCGGCCCUGCGCGCGGGCAAGCCCGUCAUGGUCGUGCCCUUCUGGGGCGACCAGUUCCUGUGGGGCCAGCUCGUGGCGGCUGCGGGCGUGGGGCCUUCUGCGGUCCCUGUGAGCAAAUUGACGGAAGAUGCGCUUGCGAACGGUCUCGAGGCGAUGUCCCGCGACGACGUGGUGCGGGCCGCAGCGCGGUUGGGGGAGCGGAUCAAUAGUCGCGAGAACGGGGUGCUGGCGGCCGCGGAGCACAUCCAGUCGUCGCUGCCCCUGGAGGCGCUGCGCUGCGACGCAUGCGGGGAGCGCUCCGCGCGCGCGUGGGCCUGCCACAAGCUGCAGAAACUGUGCCCCACCUGCCUGCAGGACCUGGCGCGCGGUGCCUUGAAGCCCCCCGAGGUGCUGCCGUACGUCCCCCUGGAGUGGCGCCUCAGCCGUCCCCGGGGGGACUGCUGCGGCAUGUGCCCCGAGAAAGUGUUCACACCAGAGCAAAUGCGCGAGGCGGGCUGGCGGUCCAGCACGGCAGUUCGACGGGUGGUGGGCGCAUUCCGCUUUCCGCAGGGGGACGAGAGUGCAGCGAGGAGAGAGAGCCCAGCUGGCGGCAGCUAACAGCUGCUGUGUCGCGGACCAUGCACGCGUAUAGAACCGAAAUGUUGAUAAAUGUUGUCACGCAACUCACAACACUUUUGCGCGUGAACAGAUCCACCGAUUCAACAAAUAGUACGGGUUGAAAGUAGUAUUUGGAGAGCGGAGGCCUGCCUUGUGCAGAAUCAGUUGCAUAAUAGCAACUGGCCGGCUCGCA